AUGGUAUUGACCCAGGAUCGUCCAACCCCUGCACCACGGACUAGUUUAACCGACCGAAAACCACCAGUACCAAAUCGUAUUUUGAAAGGAGCAGUUAUUUUGAAUCCUUUUAAUUUCUUACCUGAUUCAACUAAACGGAUAUCAAAUUCUUGGUUGUUUUCGACUGUCCUACCCAUUCAAAAUUUAUCAUCAAGAAGUCAUCGUCGUGUUAAAUCUUUGUCCGAUAUUCCAAAAACGAUUGAAACGAAUAUUAAUCGAUCUGCUUCAUCAAACAUUCAGAGUACUGAUGAUUCUGGAGGUACGCCAGAUGAUAUACUGGAUUCAGAAGGCCUAGAACAAGGUCGCGUUGCAAGAAUUGCAAAAAUGCUGGAUUCAGCAAUUUAUGGGAAUGCAAAUUCCACAAUAGGACCAAUGAAUGAGCAGGAGAGUUCUUCAGUAAAUAUCAGUUUGGGAGCAGGGCAUGUUUUUUCUUCCAUAAUUAAAAAAUCAGAAUAUUUGCCGGAAGAUAGCACUGCUUCGGAUACCAUGAAUAAAAGUAAUAAUAAUAUUUCCAUCGAAUCCGAUACAGAGAAUGUUCCACAGAAUGGUUUGUGGAACUCAGGAUAUAUUGGUCUUGAAGCAUAUUCGAGAAUGAUGGAAUUAUUUUACGAUGAUGAUGAUGUUUUAUCAAAUAAUGGACGUCAAAGAAGUUUACAUUCUCCGGAAAAAUAUUCUGCUGCUGGUUGUCUUGAAAAUUCAGCAAAUAUGAUCUUGCAUUCUGGGAGUGAGAGCAAGAAGAUGAAUGAUGGAGAUGUUUUAAAGAAUAAAUUAUUGUUGUCGGCACGGGCUGAAGUCUUUGUUUGCAAGAAAGAUUACGGUAAACUUUGGAUUGUUGUUGAAGAAAGCGCUUUGACUGGUUGGGCUGCUAAUAACAAGGAUGGCGAUCCCAUAAUUGGUCCCUACUACCUGAAAAAUAUUGUAUAUGUUGGAAAAAAUCCAAUAAAUGGUGCCAUUGAGUUACAUAUUCGGGGAAAUUUUUUGUGCAGUCACUGGAUAAAUCUUAAGCUCAAAAUAGCUGCCGAAGUGGAAAAAUGGAUUUUGGAUAUUGUAAAAUGUAUUAUGCCGAAGAAUGAAUUGUUGCUGUACAGUGUAAGAAGUCUAACUGCUGGAGGUAAGGUAUGGAUACGUCAAGGAACAGCGUGCGCCUGGUCAAACGGUUGGAUGUUUCUUGAUCAACAUAAAUUAUAUUACACAUUGGAUAGUUGUGCUAUAUUGUUUGAACUUGAUGUGCGUAAAUUUGUUGGAAUGAAAAGUACAUUGAACAAAGUUGAUUGGUGUGCGUCGGUUAUUGGUUCGAUGAAAGGACCAUUCCUUUUGUUACAAGAGGGAGGUUCUCUAUUCGUGCAAGCUGAGUAUGAUUCGGCUACUGUAACAUGGAUUGAUUUAUUAAGUCAUGAAAUGGAAUGUAGUGGUUAUCGAUUGGAGGACUCGAAGUUAACAUCAGACGAUGUUCCUGUUAUUGUUGAUAAGUGUAUAAAAUUCAUUUCUACUUAUGGUCUUCUUCAACCCGGUUUGUAUCGUCGUAAUGGCCCUAAUGUUGAAGUUCGUGCGCUGUUAGCUGAAUUUAGAAAAGACCCUGUAAAUGUGCACUUGUUGCCUGGAUCAGAUGAUAUGAUAAAUGUAGUAGCUGAUGUACUUCGGUCGUUUUUCAGACAACUUGAUUCUCCGCUUGUCCCGUAUCACAUUCAAGAUCGACUUUUUGCUGUUGCCAACAUGAAAGAACCAACUAGAUUAGAUGAAUAUCAUGAAAUUUUGAUGGGUUUGCCACGAAUACGCAUUCAGACACUGAGACGUAUUCUUGAUCAUUUAAAUGAUGUGACAGAACUUGCAAAUACAAAUUUAGCAACCAUCGAAAAUGUCGCAAAAAUUUUUGGACCAACGUUGUUUUCAGUUGAGCAGGGUAAUGGAGCAGAUAACAGCUUCGCUGCCACAAUGCAGCAAGUGAAUCUCGUCAAAGAUCUUCUUACACAUUAUGCCUCUAUAUUUCGAAUUUCAGCGCGUGAAAUGAUUAUAAAGUCGAAAAUGAAUAUGUUGCAAGAGAAACCAAACCAAACGAAGGCUCGUGCAGAUGGUUUUCUUGUUCCUGUACAUAUUCUUGAGAAAGAUAAUCAUACAUUUAAUGUGCAAUCAUCUUCAAAUGCGGAACAAGUUUGUGAUGCAGCUAGAAACAGACCAGCUAUUCGUAGUGAGACUGAUGUAGACAAUUUUGCACUGUUUGAGGAAAUAAAAUGUGGUCAGUUGGAAAGACGCGUGAAUCCGUCUGAGAAAAUGAGCUCAAUGAUUACUGGCAGAUGGCUUGACUGGGAACCUGCUGAAUGUUUUCUUCUAUUUAAGAGAGAUCCUAUUCCUUAUUCAUUUCGGCUUUCAUAUCCAUUCGCGGAUGAUGUGCGGAUUGCAGAACAGGGGACAAAGUCGUUCAGCGCUGGUCAUUUGAAAUUAGAGGGCGGAUUAGUUGCUUAUUAUAAUAAGGCUUUGAAAAAAGUGAAUGAAUGGCAUACGGACGAUAUACUGUGGUACAUUGGACAUGAAAGUAGUCGUAAACCACCUUAUCCGCACACUCUCACAUUCAUACUACCAAAAGAUAAUACUUUCAAAUAUAAAUCGAAAUAUAUGGGUUAUUGUGUCGCGUUUCGCGAAGCCACUUUGAGGACGCAGUGGCUUAAUGCAGUAAUCAGCUCACAGCAAGAUUUUUAUGCAAGUUCUUUAAUGCCUUUGGUGCAAAUUUGA